GAUGCUCAAGGCGCUCAUGGGCAAGCCUUCCCUGCAGGAGAAGGCGCUGGAGAAGCUGUGGUCGAACCUGGACGAGCAGUCCCAGGCCAUGGUCCGCCGCGAGGUCUACUCAAAAUUCUUCACGCUGGCGCCCGCGGGGCAGGACUUCUUCAAGCAGUCGACCACCCG